ACGCAUUAAAAGAAGAAAAUAUUAUUUUAAUUUGCAGCAGCCUAACCCAAGAGCCAAGAUCCACCAACUCAAAUUCACCAACCCAUUCCGAUUUUUUAUUCCUUUUUUCUUGACCUCUCUUAUUUAUUUAUAUAUUUAUUUAUUUUCUUAUUACACGCUUCAUUACUUCAUGGUUGGUUAUGCUUUCCUCUUUGAAUCAAAUCGUCAUCUGCAUUGUCUGACACCCGUCCUUUCGCAUUCCCAUCUUCAUUCCUUAUUUUUCCACUCUGAUUUGUGAAUUUAACAACUUUUUCUGUUGUUUAUUGAGAUCUGCAUCUUGUUUCGAUCGACCCAUAAUUUGUUGUGGGGUGUUUAUCGCCCUGCUCAACUCUUUCUGCAAAGUUACCAACUGGGUUGUUUCAAGAUUUGGCUUUUUUGUUGAAAAGUUGAGAGCUUUUGUGUUUGGUUUUUUGGGUUCUCUGUGGGAUUUCAAUGGGCUGUUUGGAUGAUGGGCGAUUCGCUGUUGAGCUUGAAAAUGGUGUGAACAUUGGUUGUGGUGAAGUGGGUUUCGAAGAAGAGGGGAAGAGCGGUGCCAUUGAAGAUGCUGUAAAGGUUUUGUUGGAGGGUCUAGGAGAAGAUGUAAACAGAGAAGGUCUUAGAAAAACGCCACUUCGUGUUGCAAAGGCCCUUCGUGAAGGAACCAAAGGUUACAGACAAAAAGUGAAGGAUAUUGUUCAAGGUGCUUUAUUCCCUGAAGCUGGUCUAGAUAAUAGAGUUGGUCAAGCAGGUGGAGCAGGCGGACUUGUGAUUGUUCGGGAUCUUGAUAUGUUUUCCUAUUGUGAAUCCUGCUUGCUUCCGUUCCAGGUCAAAUGUCAUGUGGGCUAUGUCCCCUCUGGUGAAAGAGUUGUCGGUUUAAGCAAGCUCUCUCGAGUUGCUGAUGUAUUUGCAAAACGAUUGCAAGAGCCUCAGCGUCUUGCAGAUGAGAUUUGUUCUGCUUUGCAUCAGGGAAUAAAACCAGCAGGUGUUGCUAUCAUACUUCAAUGUACACACAUCCACUUUCCUGACAUAGAAUCAGUCUUUCUUGACUCAAAUCACCAAGGAUCGGUGAAGAUACUUAUUUCCUCAGGUUCUGGGGUUUUUGAGAAUGAAAAUGCAGAUAUAUGGUCUGAUUUCUUUAGUCUUCUUAAAUUUAGAGGCAUCAAUAUGGAUAAAAUUCAUUUUAGAGGAUCAUCUGACCCAUGCUGGUGUCCUUCUCAAUCUUCUCUUUCUACCAAAGUUUCCUCCAAAAUUGGACCAGUCAAUCCUAUAAUGGUCACUGCAGUAGCUUCAAUUAUCAAAUCUUUGGGAGAAGAUCCACUGAGGAAGGAGCUUACGGGGACUCCAAGUAGAUUUGUGAAAUGGUUGAUGAACUUUCAAUACAGUAACUUUGAUAUGAAGCUGAAUGGUUUUCUUUGUGGUGGGAUAGAUUCUUUGAAUGUCAAUGAGGAGGUUAACAUCAGCAACAAAAAGAUGUACUCUGAAUUAAACAUACCCUUUUGGUCACAAUGUGAGCAUCAUUUGCUUCCAUUUCAUGGUGUCGUUCACAUAGGAUACCUCAUAUCCGACGGAUUCAAUCCUAUUGGAAAAUCACUUCUACAAUCAAUAGUACACUUUUAUGGUUUCAAGCUCCAAGUUCAGGAAAGGCUUACCAGGCAGAUAGCUGAAAUCAUUUCCCCACUGUUAGGUGGAGAUGUGAUAGUAGUUGUAGAGGCAAGCCACACAUGUAUGAUUUCCAGGGGAAUUGAAAAGUUUGGAAGUAAUACAGCUACGAUUGCGGUGUUGGGACGUUUUUCAACCGACCUUGCUACAAGGGCUUUGUUCUUGCAGAGCAUUCCUAGUCCUACAUCUUCUGGAGAGCAAUGAUUUUUGCUUGAGCUUGAAAUAAUUUAGUAGUUCCAAUCAUUCUUUUUUCAAACUUCGCUGUCAGCAAUUCAGCAGCCUAAGCAUGUAUUAAUUCAGAAGAUAUCCUUUCAUGGAUAAUCUCAUGAAGUUUUAAAGUUUCUCAAAUUUUGUUUCAGUUACACAGAUUUACAGCCAGAAAUAGUCUCUCAAGUGACAGUCUGAUCUUGAUCAUUCUGUCUUCUUAAGUCUUUUACAUUGUCAUUAUUAUACCAUGAAUCCCUUGAGAAAAAUUGAGGCAAUUCGCCCAGAUUUAUAUACUGCAGACCCUGCUCCUAGGAUGUUAUUGAUGUUAGUCUACCCUGAAAGUUUAUAUUGAUGUUAUAGAAUGAUUGUUAUAAAUUUUGAUUUCCAUAAAUGAAGGUUCACAAAUUUUGCUAUGGUAUUCCAGUGGUGGAAUGGAGAUCACCAAUAGGUCAGGUAGAUGUAUUGAACUGAUCAUGGUUAUGUGAAUGGCGUCACUUCGUUAAAUCAUGAUGAGAAAAGCUAGGGAAACAUGACUGCAAGCAGAGAUCUUCAACAAUAGCUACUGUUAGAUUGUCCCUAUGAUAAAACAAUUUUCCUAUCACGAAGAAUCGGCUCAUUUUGAAGGAGCAAAAGGUGAAAUAUUUUUUUUUAAAGAAAAGAAUAAAUAGCUUUGUAUUUUUAAUAUAAUAAAUAUUUGUUUAAUAUUAUAUUAUUUUCCUUAACCUUAUAACAUUGCUGUUGAUGAAAUCAAUUUUUUGUAAAGCUCAUACUACUAAUAAUGCUUCGAAUUAUUUAAAAAAACAAACAAGUGUUAAAUGCCUUUUGUACUUUAAUACGAUAAAUAUUUUUUAUUUUUAUGAGAUAUUUUUUUAUUUUUAUUUCCUGAAUUAGUGCUUCAAAUACUUGUUAACAUUUGUCCUUUUUCAAAAUAUUGUUUUGCAUUGAAUUUCACGCACAUAUUACUAUUAAAGAAUAAGGACCUAGAUACACAUCUUCUAGAAUAAAGAUAAUCAUUAGUUGGUUAUUUUUUUACUGAGCUGUAUAAUUUUUAUUUUUUUUCAUUUUAUUGAUUUUCUUGUACAACCUAUAGGUAGUAUUGGUUCUCUUGAUUCCAUAUAACAAAUUCGGUUAGGAAUAGUGAUGCAUAGUAUGUUGUAUAUAUAGUACUCCUUUCUUGUAAUUUUAAUAGAAAAUUUACAAUUUUCUUGCAAAAGCCUUUAAGUUUCUCUUUCUCAAGUUUUAUUUUCUGCUAUCAUAAAAUUAACAUUGCAAGACCAAAAACAAUUGAUCACACAUACACAGUGUCGCCAAUUAAAUGGAAACCACGAACUUCCAAAUUACAACUCUUUUCUUC